GCGGCAUAGACUACCUGUGAAAGUUACAAAUAACAAACCACCUCUAACUGGAUACCUAUGCAAGCAUUUGAGUGCAGAAAUUCUUUAUUUCACUAAUCACAUCUAUGCAUAUCUUGUAGAUUCACUGGUAGAAAGAAAUUCAAGAGCAUUCGAAAAGUAAUUCCAGUUGGAUAGAAGCACAAAUCUCAGGUUCACUCAUGAUUUUCAUUUGAUAAAUUAAAAUAUUUUACUUCAAUAAUUUUUCUAUCUAGUUAUUUAAAAUUAAUCAACUGCAAAAAUUUUAACUAUUACAUAAUCUGGCCCCUACAUAUCACAAUCCACUGGGUUGCAUCACUUAAUAUUAGCUCUAAGAAAUAAUUUAUGGAAAAGCAAAAUUAUAUCAUUUACAAAAUACACAAUUGAAACAAGUUUUAUUACAAACUAUAUUUACAGUGGAGUAGACAAGUUCCAAUCAACCGUCACAUAAAAAUCAUAAAUGCAAUUUACAAAAAUGGUUAUCACUGUCAAUUUUCUUCCAAAAUUGCUGUACAAAUUAAACAUUUUCCAAUAAGGGUAUAAUGUGACAUGCAUAAUCUAAGCACACACACACAAAAAAAAAGUUUAAAGUAUAGAAAAAUCUUAUGCAAGUGUAUGGUUUAGCACAAGUUUCAUGCAUUUUUCAAAGUUCAUCGCUUUUUAGUCCUACCUACAAUUGAUUUCAACACAUCCAAAUUCAUUAAAGUCAUUCAAAAUUAAAAAAACAUUUCAUGCAAACUUUCAGCAAUCUAAUUGCUUCAACAAUGUUAAGUAUGCACAAUUAAUCAAAAGCAUGAAGGUUCAUACAUACACAAAAAAAGGAUUAAUCCUUACAUAUACUAAAUAACAGUAAAAUAUUAUAAAUUUACAAAAUGAAUAUUCUUAGAAUUAUUAAGACAUGCUAUAUAUCCUCAAAGUUUUUUCAGAUAAUGCAGCAAGCCAUAACUUAUCAUUGCACACUACAGCACAAAUGUCUUUCACAGGAUCAUAUGCUUUUACUGUGGCAACUAUCUGUCCAGAUGUCACAUUCCAUACGUUUAUAGUGCUCCGACUUUCUAUGUAAGCAGAUACAAACAUAUCAUUCUGAACUUUUGUCAGGCAGGGCCGAGAUAACUGCAUCUGAGCAGUCCCUGCCAAAAAACUGUGGACUACAUUGCAGGUAAUAGCACUACCUUCCUGUUCAAGUUGGCAUACCAUGUGGCAAGUGUUAGGAUUUCGUGCAUUUGGCCUUUUUGAUAUCAAGAUAUGAUCCGUUUCUUUUUCAUAGCACAAAGACGUGAAGGGACCCUCUAAAGGCAAUUGCUGUCCAUGGUACUGAUCCCCAACACUGUUUUGCGAGAAUGCCCAACAAGAAACAAGUUUAGAAACAAGAAUACCACCUUGGGGCAUAACUCUCCCAGCACAAUAAGGUAGUGAAACUACAGAUGUAACGGGAGACAAAUCCCCAGGAAAUGCAAGGAGCUGAAGAGGGGAAUUAGGUUGUCGUGAAUCAAACUGAAACACAUUUCCAUUCUGGCUGCCCACAAAAAACCUGUUCAGAUUGUUGCAGUCCCAACAGCAACUCCACAAUGGAUUGUUAGUAUUGAAUUUGUUCACCACACUAUUGUUGGAUAAAUCCAUUAGUUUAGCAGUUUUGUCUAAAGACACACUCAACAGCAAGUCUUUACUUUGGGGACGAACAGCAAGAUCACGAAUUGCUUUUGUAUGAAGGAAGACACACUGUCCAAACACAGGUCUACCAUCUUGUAGACUUACCUUUCUCACACUAAAGCCAGGAAAUAAAUUAUUAGUUGAGCUAUGAGAAAUAUAUAAUUCAUGCAUCAGUGAAUUCCAGGUUAAAACACGGCAUCCACCAGCAUUACUUAUUUCAAGAGUGCUUUCUAGAACCAUACGAGAAACUGUUGACUGAGAUAUGGGUUGUGAGCUCUGAGUUGUUUGAGAAGUUAGAGAUUUCUCUAAACUUUGCACUUUGUUCAAAGUUUUCUUAAGUUCUUCUUGUUGCAAUUUGUUAUUCAAGUUAACUCUAGCAAUUUCAGUUUCUAAACGUGCUUUUUCUUGUUUAAGGAUGUUCAGUUCUUCUUGUAACUUCUCAUAUUCUGAUGUAUCAAGUGCUUGCAGGUUUUGGGCGUAUAAUGUCCUAAUGUCUUUCUUGUGAGCUUUUUUGUUGCAUUGGGGGCAUCGUCGUUGACCAGAUGGGCACCCAAUUUCUAACCAUCUAAUGAUGCAGCUAUUUCCAAACAAAUGCCCACAUUUAAGACAAACUAAGCGGUGAUCACCAGCAUUUGUCCAUUUAUCCAUGCAUAUUGGACAUACAUUUUUAGAGGCAUCAUCAUCAUCGUCAUCAUCAGAGUCUGUAUCACGACUCCGUUUGCCAGAUUUACUCUGUGAUGGUUGAAUGACUUCACUUUUUUCUUCUGGCACAUUUUGAUUCUCUUCAACAGGAGCCUGUUCAAGGGCAUCAUCAUUGGGUUCAGCAUUUUCAUUAUUGGGAACCUCAUUUUGAAAGAUUUCAUUUGGAUUAUCAGCAGCUUCAGCAGAUCUCUCGUCAACAUUUUGAGCGAGGUCAGCGUGCAAUAUGUUUGAUUGAUUUGGGUGUUCAAUAGGAAUUACUUCAAUUUCAUCAGAAUCGGAACCAAAUCCUUCAAUGGUAGAGUCUGAAUAACUACCUUCAAACACAUCAAUUUCCAUUGUAUUAUUAAUUUCAGAAAACGAUACACUUUUGAAUGAUGAUGUAAGGACACUAAAGCGGUAAGGUAAAAGUUUUAGGGAACACUCGCGAAUUUUAAGACACUUAGGCGAAUGGUGCAACUACAUUUCUCAUUUUUUAUGCGUUGUGAUAUCACUAAUGCUCGUUGUAAUAAGUUGCGCAAAUCAUAUUUAUGUCAACUCGAAUUCCCGCAGAAUUAACCUUGAAUUGCCACGAAUCUUUCGUCACUUUUAUGUCUUCCUUGAAAAUAUCAUAUCAACCCGCGAACACGGAAUUCAGACCAGAGUGAAUACACGAAAUAAACAUUCAUAAAUAUUCUCUGGUUUGCGGUAAAGGGCCUGACAGUUGGCCAACCAACAAUAUUCCCUAUUCUAGAAUGAAAUAUCCCAACUUGAGUAAAAACAAAAGUAAUUUUGUAAAUUGAUUAAAAUAUAAUAGCUUAACAAUUGAGGUGAAAAACAAUAUAUCUUUCAGUUUCUUUGACUAUUCCGAAUUAUCAUUAAUCUGGAAAAUAUAACGAAAAGUGUAGUGGCAUGUUGAUGUAAAACGAUUGUGAUUGUCUAAAACUAUAGACGAGUUUUAAUAAAAUAAGGUUCCACGUUAUCGUUUUCAAUGCGUCUUGUAUAUUUAUAUUUCAUUCUUAUUUGCUAUGAAAUAACAAUUUAGGUUGUGCCUUUUAGGCGUGAAAGACCGACUUUUUGCUCUGUUGCUUCCUAAUAAUAUUCUUCGUACUGUUAAAAUGGCGAGGUGGUAUUUCGGCUUCCGGGUUCGCUAUCACAUGUGACGAGAUUGUAUUAUUGCGGAGUGCAUUUGCGGCUGCUGUAAGUUGUUCCAGAGAGAAUUGCAUUAAUCGUGAUUGCGACGUACCUGAAGCGUCCAAUUAUUGUGUUUGUGGAAUGAAUACGCACUUUUUAAUGGUUGAUUCGCUAAUGAAUCGUAUGACGUAAACACCUGACAUGGACGUUUAGGAGGCAAUGGGGUGAUGCACUUCGCUAGAUUUGUUAUUUAGAGAGGAUUAUGUUCUCGAAUGUUGUGCAGGCGCAGUUGUUCCAUUUUGUAAAAAAAUAUGUUUCGUGUCCGCUGUAUUUAACAUACGUGCCACACCCUCGUAUUUUAGGUUACAUCGCACCAUUUAUUCUCUAUCGUUAACAUUAUCCAUUACUCAAUUAUUUAAUACAUCUUUUCAGUUAAUGUAUUGGUCGACUUGCUUUUCUUUUAAUUUCGUUUACCCGUUUAUGUAUUUAAUUUGAACCUGAAAUAUUUCGCCUAUUUUGUGAUAGUUAUCAGACGUGCAGUUUAUUCGUUUGUGUUGUAGCUAAUUUCGUGCGUGGGAGGUCAAAUGUUUUGACGAGGGGGUUUGACUUAUAAAAGUAGGUCAGUUCUUUUGCUUUUUCAACAUUUUAAUUUUUAAUUUUUUCUCUACAGAAAAUAGGAUUUGCAUUUCUACUGAGAAGGAGGACUUGCACGAUUCAUUGACAGGGGAUGGUGUGCGUUUCAGAAGAAGGAAGUGCAUUGUGCAUUGUCCAUGAUGUGACAUCAUCUGGACUCAGAACUGGCACCCAGAAGAAAAUCACUCUUUCAUUACCACCCUCUACAACAGUCCAGGAACUUUUUCAAGAAGUGUGUUUGAAAUGGCAAUAUGACCCAGAUACUUUUGAACUUGUUCUACAACGAUCUUCAAGUGGGGAAACGGUUGCUCUCAAUAAUUUGAAAGAACAAACUAUCCAAGACGUGGGAGUAACAUUUGAACCUGGCAGUCGUAAUAUGCUACAUGUGUUUGACAUGCACUGCCAACCAGUACGUAGACAGACAGCUUCCACAGUGACUGGAGAUACUCCUGAUGAUGAUAUGUUGUUGGGGACAUCAGCAAGCCCCACUGCAGGUGGUGAUUACACGCACCCACCCCCAGCACCACCUCCACCCCCACCGAUUGUCAGUACAGGGGACUACACAUACACACCUGCACUCAUUAAACAUGACAGAGUUGAUUAUGUUGGUUUAGUGAAUCAAGCAAUGACUUGCUACUUGAAUAGCUUGUUGCAAGCUUUGUAUAUGACACCAGAAUUUAGAAAUGCCCUCUACAAGUGGGAAUAUUCUGGCUCGGACAAAGAUGAAGUGAAAUCAAUUCCAUAUCAGCUGCAAAAAUUGUUCCUCAAUUUGCAGACAUCAUCAAAAUCGGCAGUAGAAACAACUGAUUUAACACGCAGUUUUGGUUGGGACUCAAGUGAAGCUUGGCAGCAACAUGAUAUUCAGGAGUUGUGCAGAGUGAUGUUUGAUGCUUUGGAACAAACUUUUAAGGAUACCGAACAAGCUGAUCUAAUUUCCAGACUUUAUGAAGGAAAAAUGAUUGAUUAUGUAAAAUGUUUGGAUUGUGGAACUGAGAAGUCUCGAGAAGAUACAUUUCUUGACAUUCCACUGCCUGUACGCCCAUUUGGAAGUACUGUUGCAUAUGGAAGUGUAGAAGAAGCAUUAAGGGCCUUUGUUCAACCAGAGACCCUUGAUGGUAACAACCAGUACUUCUGUGAAAAGUGCAAUAAGAAAUGUGAUGCCCAUAAAGGAUUGAAAUUCUCAAAGUUUCCAUAUCUUCUCACCUUACAUCUCAAACGAUUUGACUUUGAUUACACCACCUUGCACAGAAUUAAACUGAAUGACAAGGUUACAUUUCCAGAAAUUUUAAAUUUAAAUAGCUUUGUAGUACAGCCAGGCUCUAAAGAUGAAAAUGAACCUGUUCAGGAAGAAACGGUUAUGAAAUGUGAUGACAGUAGCACCACCGAUAGUGGAUCUGCCCUGGAUGAUGAGAGUUGCCAUGGAACUGAAACUGCUCUUAGUACUCAAGAGACUGACUGCCAGGAGGAUGAUGAAGGAAUUGAUAUGAGUAAUCAUGAAAAUGAGAAAAAUAGAAGGCACACAAUGGAUAAGGGUCCUUACACAUACGAACUCUUCUCAAUCAUGAUUCAUUCAGGGAGUGCAUCUGGUGGACACUAUUAUGCUUAUAUUAAAGAUUUUCGAAGAGGAGAAUGGUUUUGUUUCAAUGACCAAUCUGUCAGUCGGAUCACCAAUGAUGAUAUAAUGAAAACAUAUGGUGGAGGUACUGUUAGAGGUUAUUACUCAGGUGCCUACAGUUCGAGUACAAAUGCCUAUAUGCUAAUGUAUAGGCAAGUAGAUAAGCAGAGGAACUGUGAAGCUAUGACUGGAGAAGAAUUUCCAUCUCACAUUAAGAAACUACUCCAAAAGAUUCAAGAAAGAGAAGAAACAGACAGAAUGUUGCGUGAGAAGGAAAUGGAUAUGGUGAAAAUAAAAAUUUACUGUCAUCAUCCUUCACAAAAUACUAUUUCUGAAGUAAAGUUAACAUUUCACAAUUUGGAUACUCUUAAAAGUACCACAGAAAGUGCAUAUAAGGCUUUAAAAUUGGAAGGUGUGAUUCCUUUGGAAAGAUGUCGCCUCGUGAAAUAUGAUCGUGUACAAGACAAUAUUGAAAGAAGCUUUGAAGGCCAAGAUGAUGACCCAAUAGGAGAAAUUGUUUCAUGUGAUAGAAUUGGAGAAAUUGUUUCCAAUGGUAAACUGGAUAUGCUUUUAGAAAUUAGAAGAGAAGACGCAGAGUUUGAAGUGUAUGUUCCAGGAGGAGUUCCGACAAAAGUUUUUGUAGUUGAUGUGGAAACAGAAGAGGUGGAAGGUCCCUUUGAUGUGAGAGGAAAUCUUUCUCAGACUGUUCGAGAAUUCAAACUCACAUUGGGAAAAGCCCUUAAACUUGAUCCGGAGAAAAUCAAAGUUGUAAUUGAAAAAUACAGCAAUGAACCAAAAUUGUUAGAAGACUGUGAAAGAACAUUGAAAAUGGAGGGCUUCUAUGCACAAAUUAAGGAUCAUAUUGUGGGUAAAUACGAGAUACUUAAAAAAUUAGGCAUUCCCGCCUUAUCUGUUGAUGUGAACCACAAUACAAGUGGAGUGUGUUGCAAGACCUUGGAGGAGACACCUGCAGAUGAUGUUACUCUGUUGAGCAGCGCUCUUUCUGCUGCAACGUGUUCCAUGUCUGUGUCAGUGCCGUCUCCACAAGGACCUCCUGCACGAGACAAUUCCCCUCAACCCCCCACUGACCCUGAAGAUGAAGGAAUUGGCGCUACAGGACACAGUGACCAAAGUGCAAGUGAGGACAGCAGUUUAACAGACAGUGACAGAACUUUGGUUGGUGAUGUACCAGAUGAAUGCCUUGCCCAAGUGUCAAGUCCAAGUAAUUCACCUCCUGGUUCUGAUCAACAAAACAUUUCAUCACCAGAAGAAGGAACAACAAAUACAUACCACUCAUUCCAAACAGAACAAUCAGAAAAUUGGGAUGAUGAAGUUGAUACAAAUGAAGCUACAACCAGAGCUUUGAAUCAUUACUUUAAGGCAGUGCCAUAUUUGGAAAAUGGCACUCAGAAAAUGCUGAAGGUAUUGGUGGAUAAAAGAAUGUUACUAGGAACACUCAAAAAUGAUUUGGAACCAUAUGUUGGUGUUCCCCAAGAAUACUUCAAAAUAUUCCGUAUGUAUCCUAUGCAACAAGAAUAUGAGUGUGCACGUCUCAAGGAUAGUCUGAGUUCUUAUCGUGAUGAGGAGAAGCUUACUGUAAAAUUGGGGAGAGUACUGAGAAAGGGAGAACACAGAGGAAAAGUAUCACAACUUCUUCCCAACUCUCCUGAGCCUUGUAAAUUCCUCUUUGAAUGGAUUCUUAGUAAAGGAAUGACGGUAGCAGAAGCCAAGAGAGACAUUCUUGAAGAAGUUAAAAGAAAGUACAACAUUGACAUCCCCUUCGAAAGAUGUAGAUUACGAAAGAAGAGUUGGAAAAAUCCAACGAAAGUGUAUUUAGAUUCCCAGCGCUUUGAAGAAGACGAUAUCACACUUUUUCCUAAUUGGGAAAUGUUUCUACAAGAGUUACCUGGACCUGAACCUGUCACGGUUGGUUCACAGUUAGUCCUUUUUGUUCGUCGUUGGUGUCCUUCCACUUUUGAAGUGAAACCUUUUGAAGAAGUUCUGUUGGAUGGAUAUACAGUAAAAGAAUUCAAAGAGAAGUUGGCAGCUCUCAGUGAUAUUCCAGAAGCAAAUUUGGAAUUUGCAAAAGGGCAGAGUUCGUUUCCCUGUGACAUGUCUGUUCUUAGUAUCCAUUCAGAUUUAGAAUGGAAUCCUCCCACUGACAAAUUGGAUGUUUGGCCUCUCAACAUUUAUGAAGAUGGUCAUGUUUUCUUCUACAGAGAUAACAGAGAACAAUUGAAGCAGCUAACACCUGAAGAAAGGAAGGAAAUAGCAAAUAAAGAAGGUUCCCGUGUUAAUAAACUUAGUACAGUGUCGACCUAUUCUCCUCGGAAGGAAAGGGCACUUAAAAUAUACUUGGAUCCAGCACCAAGAAAAUGUGAGGAACCUGAUCUUGAUUGAAAUUUGGUCAUAUUUUCACACAUUGAAUUGACUCUUUGUAAAAUGAAUAUUGUAUACUGUAAUUCUAUAGAGCUGAUGUUCUGUAUGAGAGGAAUUCUGUUGUGUACACGCUAGUGAGUUGCUAGAUGACUAAAAGUGGACAGAUUCACCUGGUGAAGUCGCUAACCUUCACACAUGCUGUGUUAAAAAUUGUGUGACUUCUUGUUUUGGUAUAAAAAGUGAAGGAUCCUCUCGACCUGCUUGCCUAAUGAGUUUAAAUGGACAAUUUGAUUUCAGUAGUUUCCAGCAAUAUGUGAAUUUGCAUUGGAUUACUUGUUUUGUGUUGUCUUAAAUUUUUGUGAAAUUGAAAUUACAUUUGUAGAUAUUUUUUAUUUCAGAGGAAUUGGUAAGAUUAUUGUACAAAUGUUAUCUACUGAUCUUGGCAUAUGUGACACUCAGAUGUCCACUUUGUAUGACAUGAAAGCGAGCCUUUAUUUAUCAGCUGUUGUGCAGCAUGGCCAGAAGGUGCUAGAUUUGAGACAUCCUCAGAGUAAUAUUGUCUGUUUUACAAUUUGCUUCUCUGCUGCUCACCUUUAUUUGUGUUCCUCGAGGAGUUUGCCGAUGACCAUUCGGUUUGUUUCCUGUGACUGUUGGACCUCAGUGCAUGGCUAAUCAUCGCCAGUCUUAUAACUUAGAAGCAAAAUGCAAGAAAUAACGAACUUGUGCUAUCUGUCAGGAUAUUUAUUGUGAAUAAAAAAAUGAAGUAAAUUUCCGAAGAAUGGUUGUCUUUGUCCUAGUCAUAAAUCUCAGUACCUUUGUAAUGUACUGUUUUUUGCAUUCAACUAAGCUGUGUGUAUGAUAACUCAGGUGUCCCUAUCUUGGUGACUUUUGCAUGGUUUUUAUCAGCUUGCAGAAUUUUAAUGCUUUCUGCAGAGAUGUAUGCAAAUGUGGGUGUAAUGUAAAUGGUUUUCACCCUGCAUGCAAUUAUUCUAUAAAAAGAUAAAAUAAAUGCACAGGUUUUGUUGUUUUAUUCAUUUUUGUACAUAUUAAAUUUAUACAGUAUCACUGAUCUCUGAACAAAGCUUUGAAGAAUAGUGAUGUUUCCCUUCACAUCGUACUGAAUGUUUACUGAAUAAAAUAAGUUUUUCAAUUAAUAACCAGGUGUUUCCCUGACCAGAAACUUUUAAAACAUAGAUGUAUGAAUGAAAUUGCAAUCUUCCUUGUGUAACCAACAACUGGUCAUGUGCUUGGGCAAAUAUACCAGGUAAACUUUAACUCAACACUCUUGUUGCCUAAUUGAAGUGAUACUCCAGACAUAAAAUUUGUUUGGGAAGCUAACUACUAUAUAAGCAAAAUUAUGUACAAAUGCAUUUCUCAUUCUUAAACAUGACUAGUAAAUGGGUAUUUACAAACAAUGAACAUAAUGUCCAAAAUCGCGUCUUUAAAAUCUCGAGAUAAGCACCAAACUUGUAAACUUUGAAAUGUUUGUUUACACUAAUUGCACAGACCAUAGAGCACUGGUCAUAAUAGUCAGUCUUGCUGCAAUCACUUAUUUCACAUGAAUAUCGAACUCUUAACAAUUCUGAUUGUUUCUACGCAUGGAAUACCGGCCGAUUCCGUGCGUUUCAUACGUAGUCGGAAGGUACAGUAAUAGUUUCUGUAAUUGCUGCUAGACGAGGGAUAGGAUGCCGUCUUAAAGCGACGUCCCCCGUCUCCCAACUUGUACCUGUAUUUGUAUUCACCGCCACCCCUACCGCUUCAUAAGUUCUAUCUGGAGCAGUUGCGCAUGAAAGAUCGGAGUAGUAUGCGCUGCUUGGAGCAGACGAUGGCGGAGCAUCGGGGUCGGUGUCUGACCCGUUGUACGCCGUGUUUUGGUAGGCUGGGCUGCUACUAGAUUCGCGAUCCAGUUCUGCAUACAAAGCUUCCCCUACAGUGGUAUAAGCUUCGUCCAACGUGUAGUGGUUCUCCGCCGGCGUAGUUGGCGCCUGAGAGCUGAGUUGGGGCGGUCCCGACGGCGUUCUCCGGUUUGUGAGCCAAGUCCAAACGCGUCCUCCACCGUCGCGAUUUUCGAAGGUUGCCGUCACAUUCUUGUCGCCUUCAUGGUGCCUGGCUCGCUCCUGAGCGUUGGUUGCAGGGGAGGCAGCUGGAUUUGGCGACCUGCAGAACCGACGUUUUUUAAUCUGCUUCGGCAUUGCAGAACAGUGACCAUUAUUACAGCUCCAAUGGCUGCAGAUAAAAUGGAUACAAUGGCCAACGUUAACGCCCAUCCUAUUUUUCCUGGUCGAUCGGCGUCGUGUGGGCCAGCGGCGCCGGGCCGGCCGCGCCACGCCCACGUGCAGAGGUCGCAGGUGGUGAGGCCGUCGGGCUGCGCGGCGUG